GACAAUUUUAGCAUUUUUGCAACUACUUAGCAUCUUAGCUAACCCUUAACCCUAACCUUUCCUUUGCUGAAAGCAAAGUUCUGUCUCUGGAGAAACCAUGGUUACGUCCCAAAUGGUAACUUAUUCCCUGUAUAGUAGUGCACCACAUAGGGAUUAGGUGAAUAGGUCUCCAUUUAGGAUGCAAGCCAACUGAUUACAGGUAGACUUUGCCCUGGCGGGACUGUUACAGGAAGAGAACGACCGGAGCCCUGUGUAAGAGGUAAGGACUUAUUACCUGACAGACAUCCUUUAGGAGGGUAAACAUGGAUCAAUCGAAAAGAAGCAGAGAAGCCCAACCCCCAUCGCCCUACUCUCAGGACUAUGGCCAGCAGAACACCGAUGGUCAACAGAACACCUAUGGUCAACAGAACACCUAUGGUCAACAGAACACCUAUGGUCAACAGAACACCUAUGGUCAACAGAACUACAGUUCUCCCCACUAUGGUCUGAACGUUGGUCCUGGCAACAUAGCAGUGGUCUCUCCAGCGGGUCAGUAUGACGACAUGGGUCAGGGUCAUCCCGAGGACCAGCGACAACAAUGGGCUCCACUACCACCUGACUAUUCCACCGGGCUGGAGGACACCGGCUGCUUUGAUGAUAAAGCUAUAAGAAGAGGCUUUAUAAAGAAGGUAUACCUGACUCUGAUGAUUCAGCUUCUAGUCACCUUUGGAAUCAUCUGCGCCUUUCUGUAUUGGGAGGCUCUGAGGGUCUGGUCUAUGAACACCUACUGGUUUUCUUCCUGCAUGAUGGCAGUGGUGCUUGUCAUCAUCAUUGCCUUGUCCUGUUGUGUCAAUAUACGUCGGAAGGUCCCGUUCAAUUUCCUAGCCUUGGGACUGUUUACCAUUGCAGAAGGUCUACUGCUGGGCUCUAUGACUGUGUUCUAUGAGGCGGAAGCUGUUAUGUGGGCUGUGGGUGCCACAGCACUGGUCUCCCUGGCUCUGAGUGUCUUCGCCAUGCAGUCCAGAUGGGACUUCACCUUAACCAGUGGGGGCUUGUGGGUGUUCUGUUGGACUCUCAUAUCCUUUGCAUUGUUGUGUGGAAUCAUGCGAUCCCAGUACCUGUACAUUGUGUAUGCUUGCCUGGGAACCUUGCUAUUUUCUUUGUACCUGGUGAUGGACACCCAGCUCAUACUGGGUGGGAAACACAAAUACAGCAUUUCACCAGAGGAGUACGUCUUUGCUGCUCUCAACCUGUACCUGGACAUUAUCGGUCUGUUCACCAUGCUACUGGCACUCAUUGGACUCAGCCGUUAAUACGUCGUUUUAGGUCAGAUAGCGCAACAAGCCACCUGCCCUGAUGUAGUGGAGGGACGAGCGUGGAGUAGGAAUUAGGAUAAUGCCUUUAAUAAAUCAAAUCAAAUGUAUUGGUCACAUAUACCUAUUUAGAAGAUGUUAUUGAGAGUGUAGCAAAAUGCUUGUGUUCCUAGCUCCAACAGUAGAUCGGCAUCAAAGAUUCAGCCAAAGAAAGCACUUCCAUGUUUCGUAUUCUUUGAUGUAUAAAUUACCAUAUUGACAUUACAUGUUAUGCAACUUAAUACCUUCAGAAAGUAUUCACACGCCUUGUCUUUUUCCACAUUUUGUUGUGUUACAUUCUGAAUUUUAAUUUUAAUUGUAAUUUUAUGUCACUGGCCUACACACAAUACCCCAUAAUGUCAAAGUGGAAUUGUGUUUUUAGAAAUGUUUACUAAUUAAAUAAAAAUGAAAUGCAACAUU